AUGGAGCGCAAUGCUUCGAUGACCAAAGGCAACGCUACGACGGCGCAAUCAAGCAGCACCGUUGGGGGCCCGUCAGAUAGCCUCAUAGACAGGACCGCUGCUCCUGCUCUCUCGUCAUACAGCUCAAGAGAGACGCAGUCGAGUGGGCGUACAAAGUCGAGCGACAGUCGUGCCACUCUCGCUCGCUCAAGCGCCAGUCGCAGCUCGCCGCGCAAAUCAGAGGCAAGCGAUUCUAGCGGCGAUAGCGCUCGGUCUGCUUCUUCUGGCUCGGACGGCGAAGACGAAAGAGAGCAAGACGGCUCAAAAGUUGACUUGAGAGACGUUUACGGCUCUCAGUUCUUUCAUCCUCCUGCACCUGUCGCGUCAGGUCGACUCACUCCUCUUGCUACCAAUCUGCAGAGAGGCUCGCCUUUCCAAGCUGACCUCUUCGAUCACGAUCCCGUGACAGCUAGUCCAGACGACAACGCAAGCUCUGCGGGACAGUCUGCGUCGACCGCCUCAACGCCGACACUUCAGAGCACAGAAUUUGAGCCACAACCUCGCAAGCUCAACACAAAGCUGUCGAAAGAGCCACUCGCUCCUGUGAAGGCGACUGCCAACAUGUCUACAAAGUCUACUCCGACGGCGUCUCCUACGGGUCCCGCUGAUGGUGCAUCCAAUUAUCUCGAGUCCCAAGGCCACAAGCCAAAAGGGGUCUCUGCUACCACAACGAGCGGUCCCGGCAGACCGCCUCUUCAGCCGAAAGGCGGCAAGCCAUUCUCCGCACGACACUACAACCAUCCGCAGAUGAAGCCUUUUCCUGCGCCAGGUCUCAAAUUACGUCAUUCUCACCGCGCACAUGCCAGCACAGCUUCGACCGAUGGCGAACAAGACCCGAGAUCGACCACACUCGAGGGCGACACGAGCAUAGAAGAGUUCAGACUCAAGGAAGAUGAAAAGAAGAAGAAGCACUGGAAGCGAUGGGGUCCUUAUCUCUCUGAACGUCAAUGGGCCACAGUACGCGAGGACUAUUCUGCCAAUGGCGAUGCAUGGUCGCAUUUUCCUCACGAUCACGCACGCUCACGAGCUUAUCGAUGGGGCGAAGACGGCAUUGCCGGUUUGUCCGACAACCAUCAGCGCCUCUGCUUCUCCCUCGCACUCUGGAACGGCAAGGACGAGAUCCUCAAGGAGCGCAUGUUCGGUGUCACGGGUCAUCAAGGCAAUCACGGCGAAGAUGUCAAGGAAAUCUACUAUUAUCUUGACUCCACGCCCACUCAUUCGUACAUGAAGUUCCUCUACAAGUACCCUCAGGCGGCGUAUCCAUAUCGCCAGCUCGUCGAAGAGUCCCAAAAUAGGUCUCGCGAAGUCAACGAGUUCGAGAUCACUGACACUGACGUCUUUGACGAUGAUCGAUACUGGGAUGUCUACGUCGAGUACGCCAAAGACGAAGACAACGUCGACGGCUACUCCAUCAGAAUCACAGCAUACAAUCGGGGUCCCGAUCCCGCCGACCUACAUAUCAUCCCGCAGCUCUUCUUCCGCAACACGUGGUCAUGGCCCAAAGAGCGCCCAACAGGCAAAAAGAUGCCUUCACUUCGUCAGCUUUCAGACACUUGCAUCCAAGCAGAUCACGAGACACUCGGCCGCUUCUAUCUCCAUUGCAAUUCUUCGCCUUCGCCUGCAGCCGCUCCACUUUCAAAGAAAGACGGUCCUGCAGAGGUCGAAGGCGUCGUCAUGCCAGAACUGCUCUUCACGGACAACGACACAAACUUCAAGCGUCUUUACAACGGCAAUAACGUCGUGCCUUAUGUCAAGGACGCUUUCCACGAUCACAUUGUGCCCGGUCACCGACCAGCGCUGCCAAAGCGCGAAAAAGCGAAGAAACCCGAACAGGACUCCGAAUCAGCCGAUGGCGAUAGCACACCCAAUGUUACCGAUGAGGAAAUUGAAGACGACCGUAUCUUCGUCAAUCCUGAGAAAGUAGGCACAAAGGCCGGCGUGCAUUACACCUUCAAAGCUGUGCCUCCUAACGGCGGAUGCGCUGUUGUCCGUGUCAAGCUCACCAACGAAACUGCCGAAGACGACCAAGCUGCAAACGACGAAGAAAAGUUUGAUGCCGUCAUCGAAGAACGUCGUCUAGAUUCCGACGAGUUCUACUCCCGCUUCGAUUCAGGCGGACUGAGCGAUGAUCUGAAGAACAUCAUGCGACAGGCUCUUGGCGGCAUGCUAUGGACGAAGCAAUUCUACUACUUUGUGCAGAAGGAAUGGAUCGAAGGCGAUCCUGGUCAGCCGCCACCUCCGCCAGAGCGCAAAUACGUUCGCAACAGGGAUUGGAAGCACUUGUACAUCGACAACAUUCUGUCGAUGCCUGAUAAGUGGGAGUAUCCUUUCUUCGCCGCGUGGGACACAGCCUUUCACUGCAUUCCCCUCGCCAUGGUCGAUCCCGCAUAUGCCAAAAAUCAGCUCGAUCUCAUGACGCGAGAGUGGUAUAUGAAGCCCGAUGGUGCCCUGCCUGCUUACGAAUGGAAUUACGGCGACGUCAAUCCGCCGGUCCAUGCCUGGGCAACGUUCCGUGUUUUCAAAAUCGAGCGCAAGAUGCACGGACGAGAGGACAUCAACUUCCUUGAGCGAGUGUUUCAGAAGCUACUCAUCAACUUUACGUGGUGGGUCAAUCGCAAAGAUGCGGGAGGCAACAAUGUCUUCGAAGGCGGAUUCCUUGGUCUAGACAACAUUGGCUUGUUCAAUCGCUCCGAGCCGCUGCCGACCGGAGGUACGCUGCGCCAAGCCGAUGGUACAGCGUGGAUGGGCUUCUACGCUCUGAACAUGCUCAAUAUGGCGCUCGAGCUGGCGAAGCACAACAAGAACUACGAAGACAUUGCUUCCAAGUUUUUCGAGCAUUUUUUGUUCAUUGCCGAUGCUAUGACUUUCAAAGGCGCCGAAGAAGCUGACGAGACGCUUUGGAAUGAGGAAGACGGAUUCUACUAUGACUGCAUCAAUUGGGGACCUGGCAAAUCACGUCAGCUCCCUGUGCGAUCACUUGUCGGCCUUAUCCCUCUGUAUGCAACUUUGACGCUCGAGCCCAGCACAAUCAAGCGGUUCCCUGGUUUCAGCAAACGUCUCAACUGGUUCCUCGAGAAUCGUACAUCGAUGGCUCAUCGUAAUAUCGCAAACAUGAAAGCCAAGGGCAAGGGCGAUCGCCGCUUGCUGGCUUUCGCGAGCGAGGAGCGCAUGAAGCGAAUCCUGCAGCGCAUGCUUGACGAGCAAGAGUUCCUCUCGCCGUAUGGCAUUCGAUCGCUUUCACUCGCUCACAAGGACAACCCUUACUCGAUGGAAGUCAAUGGCGAGCGCUUCUCCGUCGAGUAUUGGCCGGGAGAUUCGAAGUCGGGCAUGUUUGGUGGCAACAGCAAUUGGCGUGGACCGAUCUGGCUGGCGGUCAACUUCCUCCUCAUCGAAUCCUUGCAACGCUUCCAUCAAUACUAUGGCAACAAAGUCAAGAUCGAAUGCCCGACAGGCUCAGGCGACGAGAUGACACUGGCCAACGUAGCAGAAGAACUACAGCAUCGUCUUGCUCACUUGUUUGCCCGUGAUCGUGAUGGUAACCGGGCAUGCAACGGAGGCUCAGAUAAGCUCAAUCGUGAUCCACACUUCCGCGAUCAUGUUCCCUUCCACGAGUUCUUCAACGGCAGCUCGGGAUCGGGCCUUGGUGCAAGUCAUCAGACAGGAUGGACGGGUCUCAUCGCGUACUUGAUCUGGCAGAGCGGAGCUUCUGCAAGACUACCUCGCACGCCGCGCACGCCACGAUCGACUGCAGCGUUCUACUUUGACGAGUCAGUACCAGGAACAGACACAGAAUUCGGCACACCCGGUGGAAGCGAAUUCGGCGACUCUACAGAUGGCUUUGACGUCCAAUCGACGGGAGAGCUGUCUCCAGAUGAGCUAUAGACACAAAAGAUGCAAUUUGCCCAUGUG